UAAGAAAAAGGCGCCACUAUUCCCGCUAUUAACGUAACGCAUGGCAAUACCGUUAAUGGUGACAGAUGUUUACGCGCCAAACAACAAUGGUUGCUUGACUCGCUCCGCCAACGUUUCAUUGCGUUCCCUUUACACGAUUUUUAGAAGUCUUUUUGUGUUCUUUUUCACUAUUUAUCAUCGUGUUAUUACUUUAAAUACGCUUACGAUUAUUUGAACAUAUGAUUGUUUGUUAUUCGUGUGUAUUUUGAUUCAGAUAAUUAGAUUGAACAAGAUACGUAGUCGGUUGGUCAUGUAACUCGACGCGGGUUACAUCGACUUAAGUGUUUAUUAAGAACUAUUAUAACAACAUCUACGAUGUCUGCGGUAACUCCGCGUCGUUCUUCAAGGCUUCCCCACAAUCACACGCCAAAAAUGAGUGAAAGAAAGAAGGGGCUCUUUCAAAGUGAAUUGGAGGCGUCGAGAGAGUCUCUGACGAAGCAUCGGAGGCUGCCGGUGGUGAACAGCGAGAGUGACAGCGAUGACUGCGACCUGGGCAUCAUGGGCACGCUGGACUCUAGCUCUGGGGACGAGGUCGACCACAGCGUGCCUAAGACGCCAGAACGCCAUUGGUAUGGCACUCGAAGCUCAAAACUGCUCAAAGAAAACCACGAUCUGAAGAGCUUCAUCAAAUCACCGUUCACUCUCAACAAGUACCAUACAAGGUACUCCUGUCCGGAAAAAUGUACCGGUUCUCACUCCACUCCAGUGACCCCACACAUGCAGAACCACCCCGGGACACCAUCCUCCACACAUUCAUGCAACAGUGUCCAUACAACGUCUUCUACCUCAAGCAAGGCUCGGAAGAGCCUCGCAUCCUUAAUAGCUGACACGGAGAGCUGCAGCAGCUCUUUAAAGGAUCUUAACUUCGAUACGGAUUCCGGUACAGACACCAAAGAGAACACACCAACGAAAACUUUAAGAAGGUCUAAUAGAAACAAAAUGACACCGAAACUACAAAGUUUUAAAGGUGUACUUCUAGAACAGAAGAAGAAUGUUACGCCACCAAAUAAGAACCCAGUUGUGAGCUUGACUAAGAUGGAUUUAGCUACAAACCUGUCACCAACACAAAUGUUAAAAACUCCUCAUACAACUGAAGCUACCAUGUCACCUCCAAAGCUAAGUCACAACCGACGCUCUGUUGUUGAAAUAGCAGAAAGCCCUGAAUCAUGCGAAAGUGAGAUAAGCCACAAGAGACUGCGUAACAACAGCCUUACUGAGUACGGUCCGGUUUCUAAAUACCCUAAAAUCGAUGCCAAUUCGGCUCCUAAAGCUCGUCUGUCUCUCUUCAACAGCGAUAAGUUAAAGAUAUCAGCCAAGUCUUUCUAUGGCAGUUCUAGCCCGGACUUAAAUAGCAGCAUUACAAACAAAAUUUCUAGCGCUUUCGAAACCUCAAUAACAAUCAACCGUCGCCUCUUCUCAAGCCAACCACACAGACGGAAGAAAAAAUCAGGACAGAUAAACAUGGGAGUGAGACACAGAAUCAGAAAGCCUAAAGUGCUGAAAAACAAGAUGUUUGCUAAAGGCAACCGGUAUAUGAACAAGUCUGAUUCUGCUGUUCUUAAUAACAGCACAGUUUCAAACGUUUCGGCCAAUAAUCUAAGCAUGAAUAACGUUUCUAUGACGAGUCAGAAUUCCUCACAGGAAUUGGACAAAGAUAAAGCGGACCCUUUUGGCAAAGAAAAAUUAACCAUAGAAGCGCUCCUCAGCCAAUGGGAAGAGGAAGACGAACCAGAACCCAGACCUGAGCUGCCGUGCUUCAACAGUACUGUCAUAGAGGAGACUAACCCAAUCUUCCAGCCCGUUACCGCUAUACCUGUGUCGGGGCAGGCCCUGCCGCAGGACGGAGCAGUUAUCAUAGAAUUAGGCGCCGACAAGCCAGUGAAGCCUACUGAGGCAGCGGGGACAGCUGAUGUGACCAUGAUGGAACUGCACAAGGCAGACCACGGCGAUGUGCCAGAUGGGCAGUUCCUACCCGUGGACGGCGGGUUCAUACUAGUUCAAGAUAAUGUACCUGCAGUACCUCAAGAAGAGCUGACCGAUCUUGACGAGAUCGAGCGCGAGCUCAAAAUGCUGGACGAGCAGAUUCUGAUGAUGACGCAAACUGAUGCACGCGUCUCUGUACAAGCUGUAACUUCCACCUCCACUGUUACUCCUGAAAAGUGCAUAACCGCUCAGGAGAUAGUGAUAAACGUUUUCAACCAGUUGUUGAAAGAAAAGGGGAAUGUGACCGAGGCAGCUCUAGAAACUGCCAGAUAUGUUAAUAUGAAGUAUAGUGUUGUGAGGACCAUAAUAGGGGAGUGGAUGGAUAGGGAAGAAAUGGUGGAGCGUGGCGAAUCGGGUGUGCCAGAAUUAGAUGCAAAGCCAGAUGACGCCACGAAACUGUUCCCCAUAUUCAGCAAUCCCAACCCUGGGACCUGCACGCCUAGCUCUAAAGGUAAAAGCAGUAAGAAGACAUUAUUGAAAGACGGGAGCAACCAGUACGUGAUAGACGCAGGACAGAAACAGUUCGGCGCUACACAGUGCACGGAGUGCGGGGUUAUAUACCAGAUCGGUGAUCCUCAGGACGAGCAUGACCAUUUGGUACACCACAAUGCGACUGAUGUGCUCAAAUUCAAUGGUUGGAAAGAAGAAUGCGUCGUCGGCAGAUGGGACGGUGCUCGCUGUAUCCGAGUACGAGGUGGUGAAGCCAACUGGAAGCGAGUUGCGACCCUGCUCACCAGGGUUGUGCACGCACAGCUCGGGUACCACGCCGAGUUGCCGGGCGAGAUACAUACUUACACGGCAUACCUAUACAUUGAUAAGAAGCAGAUUGCUGGAUGUGCGAUUGUUCAGCCCAAAACCAGGGCCUUCAAGCUCAUACCCGGGGACCCUGACUGCUGCACCGUCGAGGACUACCCUGUCAAAUGCGGCAUCUCUCGUAUCUGGACGCACUUGUCGCACCGCCGGCGGGGCGUCGCGUCGCGCCUGCUGGACUGCGCGCGCGCGUCCGUCCUGUACGGCGGCGCGGUGGCCACGCAUGACAUCGCCUUCAGCGCACCCACAUCCGCCGGUAAAGCGCUAGCCACCAAGUAUUGCGGUACUGACCAGUUUUAUGUCUACCUUGAUUGA